AUGCUACUACCGAAAGUGCUUACACUUUUUUUACUUGCCCUGCAUCAAUUGUGUUUUGUCAAUGCUUUUACAGACUAUUUGUUGAAGAAGUGCCAUCAAUCUGGAUUCUGUCAUCGCAACAGAGAAUACUCCGGGAACAUUGCGAAGUCUUUUAACCACUAUUAUUCACUCAAUGAAGAUAGUCUUAAAUACAGUGAAGCUGAAAACGUUCUUCAUGGCAUAGUUGAGAAAUUGAUUCCUAGCAAAAAUGCUGAUGAUAUCACAAUAAAUCUGCCGUUUACAUUGCGUUUUAUGCAGGAAGGUACGAGUGUGAGGUUCACCAUCGAUGAAGAAAGAGCCCCUACCGAAAAUUUACCAGAUUAUAUAUCUUUAAGAAGGUACAAUGAAACUUCAAAGUGGGCCUUCGACGAGCAUGCACCACUUUCUGCUGAUUUUGCCAGCGUGAAAAAAGGGCAUUCAUGGUUUCGUUCUGACAAGGUCACUUUUUUGAACAAGGCAGGCACUCUUAAGAUUGAGAUCCUGAGGAAAUCAUUCCUGUUGAACAUUUACUACAAUGGUCGACUUUCUUUAGUUAUAAAUGAUCGGUCAUUUUUAAACAUUGAGCACUUAAGAUCGAAAGAGGAAAAUUUCAAAAAUUUGCUGCCUGAGGAGUCUUCUUUCAAUAUGUUCAAAGACAGCUUUGAAUAUUCAAAAGAUGAUACUCUUCCUUUUGGUCCUGAAUCAAUUGCUGUUGAUUUCACUUUUAAGAACUACGAAAAUUUAUAUGGUAUACCAGAGCAUGCUGACUCGUUACGGUUGAGAGACACAUCUGAAGAUGAGCCAUACCGCUUAUUCAAUGUUGACGUUUUCGAAUACACAGUGAAAUCAACUUCGCCUAUGUACGGUUCAAUACCUUUUAUGCUUGCAACAAAUCCACGGUCAAGCGUAGGUCUUUUUUGGGUAAAUGCUGCUGACACAUGGAUUGAUAUAAAAUACGACCGUCAUGAUAGUAAAACACACUGGAUCUCUGAAUCGGGUAUAGUAGAUGUUGUUUUGUUUUUUGGUGACACCCCGGCCGACAUACUGGAAGCAUACACAGAAUUAACGGGAAGAUCUGUGUUGCCAUCUCUGGCAUCCAUUGGUUAUCAUCAGUGCAGAUGGAAUUAUAAUGAUGAAUUAGAUGUUUUGACGGUUGACUCCGAGAUGGAUCGUGCACAUAUUCCAUACGACUAUAUUUGGCUGGAUCUUGAGUAUACAGAUGAGAAGAAGUUUUUUACAUGGAAUCCAUCUGCUUUUCCAGAUCCUGAGCGUCUACUGGGUAGGUUGAAGAGGUUAGGCCGUCAACUCGUUAUUCUAAUAGAUCCUCACAUCAAAACGGGAUAUGAAAUCAGCAAAGCUAUAAUAGAAAGAGGUGCUGCCGUCAGAGACCCAUUGCAGGGAACAUUCUUUGGUGAAUGUUGGCCUGGAACCUCUGUUUGGAUUGAUACCUUUAGUAGAAAUGCUCAAAUACUUUGGAGCUCAUUUUUAAAAACACUGGUAAGUGCCACCAACUUACACAUCUGGAACGAUAUGAAUGAACCAUCUAUCUUUAGUGGACCUGAAACAACGGCACCCAAAGAUCUUCUUCACGAAGGCGGAUUUGAAGAAAGAUCUGUGCAUAACGUUUACGGCUUAACAGUUCAUGAAACGACAUAUCAUUCAAUGAAGGAAAUUUUUUCGGGCGAGGAUUUAAGACCAUUCAUAUUGACGAGAGCAUUUUUUGCUGGAUCCCAAAGAACAGCUGCCACAUGGACUGGCGAUAAUGUUGCGAAUUGGAAUUAUCUUGGCAUUUCUAUCCCGAUGUGCUUGAGUAAUAAUAUCGUUGGAAUGCCGUUCAUUGGUGCUGACAUUGCUGGAUUUUCUGGAGAUCCCGAGCCUGAAUUACUCAUACGUUGGUACCAAGCAGGUCUCUGGUAUCCAUUCUUCAGAGGACAUGCCCACAUUGAUACCAAGAGAAGAGAGCCGUAUUUGCUCGAAGAGCCCGUUAAGUCGCUGGUACGCGAUGCUAUUCAACUCAGAUAUUCAUUACUUCCUACUCUUUACACUGCUUUUCAGAAAACGAGUACUUCAGGAGUACCCAUCAUGAAACCCAUGUUUUUUGAGAAACCUAACUUUUGUCAGCUAUAUGGAGUAGAUGAUCAAUUUUAUAUUGGGGAUACCGGUAUUCUCGUAAAGCCAGUUGUCGAGAAAGGUAUCACUCAAGUUGAAUUUCUCUUGGCGCCAGGUAUAUAUUAUGAUUUAUUCACAUUAGAGCCAUUUAUUACGAGCUAUGAAGAACCGGAAAAAUAUUCUGUGGCUGCUGAUUUAGGCAAGAUUCCCGCUCUCUUGGAAGGUGGUCACAUCAUUGUUAAAAGAGAUAAUUAUAGGAGAUCGGCCAAGCUGCUUCGAAAUGAUCCAUUUACGCUAGUGAUUGCACCAAAUAGGAAUGCUGAUGCUGUCGGAGAAAUAUAUGUUGAUGAUGGAGAGACUUUUGCGUACCAGAGAGGCAUUUAUUUAAAAUCAGUUUUCCAGCUCAAAAAUGGGAAAAUAAUAACAUGUGUUCCGGAGCAUGUGCCUCCUAACCAGGAGUUUGUUGGAACCACAACCAUCAACAGGAUAAAUGUGGCGUUGGAUGGAAACGACGUAAGCAUCAAAGAUACUGUGAACAUCACACAAGGUGCCGAAUGUCGUAUCGCAACUGUGACAAAAAAGAGGCCCAACACGGCUAUUAUAGAAAAUGUUCAAUUGAGAUUCAAUGAAUCCUGGACGAUAAAUUUUUAA